AUGGGGAUCACUUUUGCAUGCCAGUCUUAAAAGAAGGAAAAGAAGAAAAAUGCUCAAUAUCUCAUUGUAAUCAGCAAGUUUGUUAACGCAUGUAAUUAUGUUGUCAUUCUAUUCAUACAGUUGAUAAUUAUGAAUUACACAUGUUGCUGAUGAUUUACAGAGACUUGGCAGGCCGUUCUUAAAAUCACUUAAUUUGUAGAGACAUCUUCAAUACUUAUUUUAAAAUUAUAGUUUGUAGAAUAGUGAUGAUUAAUUUAGGGAAUAUGGGGCGAAUAAAUAUUCAAUAAAUUUACACACAAAUAAGAACACUAUAUGAGUUUUGAAGAAUUUCUUACUGGAUUGUAAAUGUAUAUAAAAUGUUCAGAAGAUCAGCAAAUCAAAAACCUAUUCAAAUUGUAUGAUCUACAAAAUCAAAAUGGAAUUGCUAAAACUGACUUUUUACAAAUGGUAUUUUUUGCAAUUUAUAUUUUUAGUUACAUAAUUAUUCAAAAGAAGAACUUAAGAUCAUCUUGAAUGAUUAAUUAUUUUUAGAAGAAUAAGAAAUCAUAAAUGCCUAUCAUCGCACCAAGCGAGUCAAACCUCGAAAAGGAAGUGAAGACUUCCUCAAAAUGUCACGUAAAUUUUGCAAUCCAUUCUAGUGUAAAUGUUAAGAAAGUACAGCAACCUUUCAGAAAAUAAGGAGUCAAAUUAAAAUGAGCAUUAAAACCUCUAAUAGCCAGAUGUCUUGCAAAGUCUGAAUUCCAAACAAUCGAUUGAUCAGAUUUUCACAUUGGACAGCAAAGCAUAAUUGAAUGGCAUUCCAUUGAAAGGAUUUGGUAUAAACCUCACAUUUCAAGUAUGUUUAUGGAAUAUAUUCUAUAGGUCAAUGGAUAGAAGAUUGAAAUGCAAGCCAAUUUGAAUCUGCUAAUCAAGAAAUACGUGGAGAUGGUUUACAAGGCAAAGAAAGACUUACCGAUAAAUUUGGAAGAUUUUACAACUUUUGUUAAACAUCAUCCAAAUUUAAUCAUGCCAUUGUAUUGUGUAUUCAAUUUUGAUGUUUGGGGAUUGCAGAAUAAUUUACCUAAAUACAAGAGUUUGUAAACUAAUUUAACUCAUUAUAGACCAUUAGAUAUUCAGGGAGAAUUAUAUAGAAUGUCAAAGAAGAACAAAAUUAAGUCUAAGUUCUGUCAACUCUAUCCGAAUAUCUUGAUGGAAUUCAAGAAUAAAAACGACAUCAAACCAACAAGUAUGUGGAAUUAUUUAAACAAUUAGAGAUCAUUUGUUUGAGUGGAUUGAUAAUCAAAGAAAGAGUUGAUCAAACCAAUUAGAAAUUUGGAUUCGAAAUCUUCCAUAAGAAUUAACACUAUAAACAUAAAGUCUAUCAUUGCUCUGAUGAAAUGUCAUUUCGAGACUGGUAACGAGCUUUGUCCCUAUAUUUUAAUGGAGAAGUUAAUAAGAAAUAUUCUAUUCUUAAUAAGAUAGGGGAGGGCAAAUACUCCAUUGUUUACAGAUGUCAAGCCAAGAUUGAUCAGCAAUUCUACGCUUUAAAAGUAAUCAAUAAGAUGAAUCUCCCCCAAGAAGAGUAGGAUAUAGUGAAACAUGAAAUAAGUAUCACCAAAUUAUUAAAUCAUUCUUGUAUAAUUAAUUUGAUUGAUUCUAUUGAGAAUAGGGAUCAGAUACACAUUAUUACAGAAUUAAUAGAAGAUGGAGAUCUGUUUGAUUAUGUUUAAAAUAAACAAUACUUAGACGAAAGUGAAGCAGCCAUUAUUUUUAAUUAGUUACUAGAUGCUCUGUAAUACAUUCAUUCGAUUGGAAUAGUACACAGAGACAUAAAGCCUGAGAACAUUUUGAUGGUCUUGGAUUAAAAUACUGUUAAGCAAAUUAAAUUGAUUGAUUUUGGUUUGGCUAAUCAUCUCUCAAAGAUCCAAAAGAAUAGUGAACAUUUGAAUUAUCAUUGUGGGACAUGCAAUUACUAAGCACCUGAAAUGUUGCAAUUUUAAGAAAUCACAUUUUCAGUUGAUGUAUUCGCACUUGGAGUGAUAUUGUAUUAUAUGUUAAGUGGAUACUUGCCAUUUGAUUCUGACAUACCAUACGAGAUCAUAUAGAAUACCAUAAAUGGCAUAUAUAGUAUGGAUGAUUAUCAUUGGCAAUGCGUAAGUGAAGAAGCAAAAGACCUCAUAGUGGGUUUGUUACAAAAUUAGCCUAGUAAGAGACUCACUCUAAAAGAGGCCAAGGAACAUAAGUGGAUGAAAGAGUAAUUGGUUAAGAAUAAUAAAUGAUGAAUUAUUUAUUUCAAAUCAAAC